AUGGAUCUAUCAACAGACCCUAGCGAUACGGGCCAUUCACCACAACCAUCAGACCGAGCCCCUGAUGCUGAGUUCUGGCCACUAUCAGGAAAACCGUAUUUCUAUGUUGUUCUGAACCAGUACCACCUUGCAAACAGGUUUCAACUGAUCAUCCCAUGUAGAAUAACCGAAAAGCUUCCUGCUACUAAGGUUCCUGCCAAGAUAAUUUGUCGCGGAAAGGUGUGGGACCUGUUUUACCUUGGCAAUCAGACAACAUUCAAGAAAUUUGAAAAACAAUCUUGGGGAAAAUUUGCGACAGACAACGAUCUUGCAGCAGGGGAUGCAUGUGUGUUUGAGUUGACUGAGGGAAGUUGUGACAGUAGUAAUAUUGAGUUCAAAGUUCAGAUUCUUAAGAACAAUUUCCCAUCUGAAUUGCUUGGGAAAGCCGAGGGCUUAACCGCGAACAACCCCAUAUCCGUAGAAUAG